AUGUCUUGUUUAGUAUUUGGCAUUGUGUAUGCGCAAUCUACUACUUUCUUCACGAAGCAAGGAUCAACAGUGGAUAGAACAAUCUCAUCAACACUCUUAGUUCCAGUUCCAGCAGCAACACUACAAUGCUUCAUAAGCCUGUCAAUCCUCGUUUUCAUCCCAAUCUACGACCGUUUAUUUGUCCCAAUCGCAAGAUCAAUCACUCAUAAACAAGCAGGAAUCACGACCCUUCAAAGGAUUUGCAUAGGCAUCUUCCUCUCAACUCUUUCAAUGGUAGUAGCUGCUUUGGUCGAGAUGAAAAGACUAAAGACCGCUAGAGAUUAUGGCCUUGUUGAUUCGCCUAAAGCCACCGUUCCAAUGAGUGUUUGUUGGUUGAUUCCACAAUACGUUCUCUAUGGAGUCGCUGACGUUUUCACUAUGGUUGGUUUACAAGAGUUCUUCUAUGGACAAGUUCCAGUUGAGCUUAGGAGCUUGGGACUGUCUCUGUACUUAAGCAUAAUCGGCAUAGGCAACUUCUUGAGUAGCAUCAUGGUAUCGAUCAUUGAAACAACCACGAGUCAGUCCGGUCAAGUGAGCUGGUUCUCUAAUAACCUGAACCAGGCACAUCUUGAUUACUUUUAUUGGCUACUUGCUUGUCUCAGCUCAGUUGCCUUCAUUUCAUUGGUCUAUUUUGCCAAGUCUUAUGUCUACAACAGCCCAAAGUAG